CGGCUCUGCAGAGAGCCCUAGUCCCCAGCUCUGGUCGGGGAUGCUCUCAGCGCAGCAGACAAAGGACGGAGCGCUGGGCUGUGGGUGGUAAUUAUCCAAGGAGCUCAGAAGAAGAAGGGAAAGCAGCAGCUUAGACCGAUCUCACUGCCACAUCACACAAGCUUUUCCCCCGAAACGCACUAUGGCUCUGGAAGUUUUGGCGCUGGUGUUUUUCCUGGCCCGGAGUUGCCUGUGCGCCCCGCAGCGGCCGUGCCAUCCAGGAGACGAGUUUUUAGGAAGAUGCAGCAGCAGCAGCAGCGCACACGAGGAAACACCUACCUGCACAGCACUGAACUUGGGCUACUGUAAUGACCUGGAGUACUCAACAACCAUAUACCCUAACAUCCUUGGUCACCGGAGUCAUACUGAAGCUGAGUCAGGGGCAGAGUAUCUCCUCCUGAGUGUCAUCCAUGGUCUCCUGAAUGGUGAGUGCUCCCCCGAGAUCCGUCUUGUAGGGUGUUCGGUGCUGGCCUCACCCUGUCGGGAUAACAAGAUUAUCAAACCAUGCCGCAGCACAUGCGAGGCAUUGAGGAAAGACUGCAUGCACGCCUUUGAGGCCAUCGAGAUGGCCUGGCCCUACUUCCUGGACUGUGACCGCUUCUUUGCCGGUAACGAGGAGGGCUGCUUUGACCCGCUAGCCGGACUGAAAGCCAGACAGGAGGUGGCGUUGUCCAGUCUCUCUCCUGAAGAACCGAGCACCAUCAUCCAGUUCACCUACGCCUCUAAUGCCCAGAUGUACAGCUUACUGAAGAGGACAGCGGCGAAAUGCUCCCACAUCUCUCAUGUCUACAGCAUCGGACGGAGCACGGAAGGCAGAGAUCUGUUGGUCAUUGAGUUCACCGACAACCCUGGACAGCAUGAGCUGCUUGAGCCAGAGAUUAAGUUGGUGGGCAACAUGCAUGGCAAUGAGGUGCUAGGCCGUCAGCUGCUCAUCUACUUGGCGCAGUACCUGUGCUCCGAGUACAUCCUGGGAAACCAGCGAAUUCAGUCACUCGUUAACAACACUCGCAUUCACAUUCUGGCCUCCAUGAACCCUGACGGUUAUGAGCUGGCCUCCUCAGAGGUAGAGGAUAGCAGUGACCCGGAGCUCUCCAACCAGGAAGGUCACCUGCUGAACGGAUGGACGACCGGCCGGGCCAACGCCCAGAACCUUGACCUGAACCGAAACUUUCCUGACCUCACCUCCAUCUUCUACCGGAACCGCCGCAGCAGGCACUACCGCAUAGAUCACAUCCCGAUCCCUGACGCCUACUGGUUUGGGAAGGUGGCGCCAGAGACCUACGCCGUAAUGAAGUGGAUCAGGUCGCUGCCAUUCGUUCAGUCUGCCAGCCUCCAUGGAGGGGAGCUGGUGGUCUCCUACCCCUUCGACUUCUCCAGACACCCGCAUGAGGAGAGGAUGCUUUCACCCACUCCGGACGAACAGAUCUUCAAGCAGCUCGCCCGCACCUAUGCCGAUGCCCACGCCACCAUGUCCAACAACGACACAGACAGGUGUGGGGCCUCUUUUUAUCGCACCAGAGGCAUCAUCAACGGUGCACUGUGGUACAGCUUUGCUGGCGGUAUGUCUGAUUUCAAUUACUUACACACGAACUGCAUGGAGAUCACAGUGGAGCUAGGCUGCGACAAAUUCCCCUCAGAGGCCGAGCUCUACCCAGAAUGGAAAAGGAACAAAGAAGCUCUGCUCAGCUUUCUUGAGUCUGUCCACCGAGGAAUUAAGGGUGUCGUGAAGGACAAGAAUGGAAAUGGCAUAAAAGGUGCAACUGUCUCCGUCAGGGGGAUCAGAAAAGAUGUCACUACAGCGGAGGACGGAGAUUAUUGGAGGCUGCUGAAUGCGGGAACUCACAUCCUGACAGCUACGGCCAAAGGUUACUCAAGGGUCAGCAAGAGGGUUUAUCUGCCUCAUACAAUGAGCAAGGCUGGACGGGUCGACUUUGUCUUGGAGAAGGUCCCCGUGGAGCCAGAUAUAUAUGACCACCUCUUCCCCACGGUUGACAGCUGGGAUCGAUUUGACCCCUAUAACCAGUUCGAGCCUAAUGGCGAGCCCGAUGUCACUGAGGAAGGAAUAGAGCGGCAGGAGAAACCCUGGUGGUGGACGUACUUCUCCCAGACUGGCAUCUCGUCUCCAAACUGGCUGCUGAAAAAUGUAUAGGCUGGACAAGCAAACAUCCACUGAUGUCAUCAGUCACCAAAAACUUAACCCGUGCCUUUUGAAAGGAUUGGAAACGGCGUUCGAGAAUUUUUUUUUUUUUUUGGCAAUAUUAUUCUGCAGCUGCAUUUAAGUUAGUUUGAAAAAAGCAAUAUAAAAGAAACAGUAUGGGGGUAGCACUGUUGUCCUUUGUAAAUCCUAUUAAUUAUAAGUAGAAACAUGCACUUAAUAGGAUAUUAUUUCCAUAUUCAAUAAGCAGCAGUGUGAAAUAUUCCAGUUUAAAAUUCAGGUUGGGCAAUGUUUCUAUUAUACUUUUCUAAAUACACAUUUUUUUUUUUCAUUUGUUAUCGUCAUCUUUUGUAAUGUAGCUAAAGGGCAACAGCAACACAUGGAAAACCUUUCGGACCACUAUGGAUCUUCUGCACUACAUUUAAAGCUUUCAGUAGAAGCAGUUCUGUGCCAUCACUGUGUAAACAGUAAAAUGGCCUGCUUUGAUUCUUGUUCCAGGGCUUUAUGAAUAAACAUAAAUAUGAAACAAACAAAAA